GUUAUCAAAACAAGGUUGAACCAUUGAACGUCGCUACAUUUUUGUAUCAGAUUUAAACAUUUAAAUAAAAAUAAUAAACGGUAAACCAUAGUUAAAAUUAAACCGCCGUGAACAUGGGAACUACAGGGCAAUCGAUUACACUUGCUAACAGUAUUAUUGGAGUAGGUAUACUAGCUAUGCCCUUCUGUUUUCAACAAUGUGGAGUAUUGCUAGCUACAUUAAUUUUAUUAUCAAUGGGCCUGAUCUCAAGACUGUGCUGUUAUUUCCUAUUGAAAUCUGCCAUUAUUACUAGAAGAAGAAAUUAUGAAUUUCUUGCAUUCCACAUAUUCGGUCCAGCGGGCAAGAUGGCAGUAGAGAUGGGUAUCAUAGGCUUCCUAAUGGGCACCUGCAUAGCCUACUUCGUGGUGGUCGGCGACCUGGGCCCGCAGAUUAUCGCGAAGAUGUUCAACAUCAACCAGAGCGAUAUAUUGAGAACGUCAAUAAUGGUGAUAGUGUCGCUAGUGUGCGUACUACCUUUGGGCCUGUUGAGGAACGUUGAUAGUCUGAGUAACGUUAGCGCUGCCACUAUCGCAUUCUACUUCUGCCUAGUGAUAAAGGUGAUAGUGGAAGCGACCGGUCAGCUGUUCACGUCAGAUUGGACGUCCCGGAUCGAACUGUGGAAACCGUCGGGCGUGCUGCAAUGCGUCCCUAUAUUCUCUAUGGCUCUGUUCUGUCAAACGCAACUGUUCGAGAUAUUCGAGUCGUUGCCAUCGCUAUCGCUGGAGAAGAUGUGCGUAGUGACGAAGAACGCCAUCAACAUCUGCUCCAGCGUGUACUUCACGCUCGGCAUAUUCGGCUACAUCGCGUUCGGCUCGCAAGAGAUAUCAGGUAACAUCCUGAUGAGCUUAAGCCCAACGAUGGCCAGCGACGUGAUAAAGCUGGGCUUCGUCAUGUCUCUAGCGUUUAGUUUCCCGCUCAUCAUAUUCCCGUGCCGCGCCAGCCUCUACUCCUUCCUAUACAGAAAGGCGCACCCGACCCACCACGACCACAUGGCACCACACUCCAUCCCCGAGGGUCCCUUCCGUCUCCUGACCCUCGGCAUCAUCAGCUGCGCGCUCUGCGUCAGUCUGUUACUGCCCACUAUUGAGCUGGUGCUGGGGUUAUUGGGGGCUACCAUAGGUGUGCUCAUAUGCCUGGUCUUCCCCGCUGCUGCAUUCCUCAACGUCACCUUCAAAAACACCAAUGAAAGAGUACUGGCGAAGUUCAUCGUAGUGCUGGGCCUGAUAAUCCUUAUACUGGGGACUUACGCAAACCUGCAAGCCGCCGAAAAUUCACGGGAAAAGUAUGACGAGAAAUACAUCACUCAGGAGCGCAUCGACAAGAUUGUUGAAGACUUCUUCCAAAAGAGGGAGAAAUCUGAAGAAGUAAUGGCCAAGCCCCAACUUGAAAAUAACCCAGUUUUGCAAAAAGACGUCAAUGAAUUAGUAAAACCUGUUAUGAAGGAUUCAGAAGUACAACCACCUAAUCCUGUUCCACCUGAAUCUCACUCUAACGAAAAACUCCCAGUUAUUUACCCGGUACAUGAGCAAAAAAAUAUAGUGCCAAUUGUCGAUGUCAAAGACUCUAUAACUCACCCAAAGAACGUAAUAUCGAAAAUAAACGGUGAAAAACUAGUAAAUGGUGUUAGUAAAAGUGAGGUUGAAGACAAAAUCGCAAUACCUGAUAAGAUAGAGCAGCCGAAAGAAGAGAAAGCCCAAGCAAACCAACAAAAAAUAGACAUGAUGAAACAACAACAGUUAAUAGAAACUAUCAAACAACACGGUCAAGAGCAGAAAGAAUUGAUUAAAGAGCAGAAAGAAAUCCUAACUGAACUACAAAAAGCCAAAAAGGAAUUCCAACAAAAUAAAAAGGAAAUGGACAGCAUCGAAGCCAAGAAGAUAGCUGUUGAAAGUAUACAGAAAAUAGCUAAUGUAGCUAUUCAAAGCUUAAGUGGUGUCACAGAUAAACCAGUAGAUGUCAAAGCUGAAAAAGAACCUGUAGGAAAUAUAGCGAAUGAAGCUGUUGAUAAAAUUGUUCAAAAAGCACAAGAAACUUUUAAUGCCAUCCAACAAAUCGAUAAGAAAAAGAAUGAACAACUCGAGAAGGACAAGAUUGUUCAUAGUCAAGUUAUUAAUAAUGUACCUCAAAUACCUCUUAAAGAUAACGCUGUUCCAUUAAAUAAUGUUCCAAUACACCAUUCCGGUCAUGAAAGUAUUAAACAAAAUGUUGUAAAUACUAAUUUAGAUAAACAAGCUAUUAAAAGAGAAGUUCCAGACGAUAAUAAAUUAGAAAUUAAUAAUUUGCAACAAAAACCAAAGGAAGAACCUGAAAUCCACCCUAAUCCUGUCAAAAAUAUACUAAAAUCGAUUGAACUUAAUGGAAAUAACUUAGAAGUGCCUAACAAAGCACAUUCACAUUUACCAGAUGAACCAAAAUCAUAUCAACAAGGAGAAGAUACGCAAAUUAACCAAAAUCCUGAACUAAAACCUAAUAAUGAUAAUGUACAAAAUGUUGCCGUAGUUAAAACCGAGCAUAAAGAAGAUAUAAAUAAAAAUGAACCAAUCAAAAGCAAAGAAAACGGUGAUAUUAAGUUUAAAGCCGAUGACAUAUUGGGUAACAUUGCAAAUGGCAACGUGAUACCGAGACGAAAAAGGGAAGUUGUUGAUUGCACCAAACAGACGACAUUAAAACCAGAAGACAAACAGAUUUGCGAAAAUCUAGUAAAUGUGCCUGAUAACCGAAAAACGCAAGAAGUAUUUUUGCCAAAUGUUAAUUUGGCAGAUGUAGGUUUAUCGGAUACCUUUCAAAUGAUAGCGUCACAUCACAUGAGAUCGCUUAAAAGUAUUCAAGGAGACGAGAAAAGAUGAAUAUUAAAAAAUAGCAUAUUAAAAUAAAAAAAAAGUCCUAUAAUAUUUAUUUUAACGAAAUGUAAUCAUGUAUUUUAUUAUAACGCCUGCCAAAAAACGAAAACAAAGCAGCGUUAAUCAUACCGUCUCACUCACACACUGCACACAGGUUUACUGUGUAAGGGAGAUCGAACGAUAAACGUAGGUCUUUCCAAUUCAUUUCUUUAUUGGCACGCGUUGUAACACUUCUUAUUUCGAAAAUUUUAAUCCGAAACACAAAAAUUUAAUAUUUUAAGAAUCAUUUUACUAAGAAAAAAAUCACUAUAAUAGUAAUUUGCUAUCAUGUUAUUUAGAUAUAAAUAUUUAUUUUUGCUUGGUAUUGAAAUAUUUGUGAUGUAUAAAGAAGCAUUUAUUAAAUUUUAAGAUGAUUUUAAGUGAUAUUGUGCUGUUUUAAAACUUAUCAAAUCACUGAUGACAGGCUAUUUUAUUCUAAAAAAUAAAACAGUGAAAAUAAACUCACAUUUUGAACUCAAGAAAGGGCGAGUAUAAACGCAUUUUGCAAUUAAUUUGUUUGUAUGGUAUGGAAAUACGUACUUUUUAAAAGAUUACUUUUCCCAAAAAAAAAAAAAUUAUCAAAAGCCUGACCA